UCUGUGCCUGCCCUUGUUAAGACCAAAUUUUCCUUUCAGUCUAUUGAUUUUAAUUGCAGCCAGUAUGGCACAGCGGGUUUCAUCUGGGUGAGUAACUCAAACCUUUUACUAGCCAGGAAAAUUUUCAAUAGCUUGUCAUUUACUAUUGUCACAAAGGUGUUUUGCUCUGGUUUCAUAAUAACGUUAAGCGUCAGUAUGAUCAUCUUUGACGGGUCACAUCCAAAUGAAAGUUCCUUUCUUUACAACAAAUACUUUAAGGACUUAAUUCCAUUCCCUUUGCUGUGUUAUUCAUAGAACAGUACAUUGAGGUAUCUGGAACCAGAGGGGUGACAAAUGGUUAGGAAAGGAAAAGGACUAUAAUUUUAGAAAUAUCACUCAGCUGUCAGAUACAUAUUGAUGAAAUCACUAUUAGAACUGGAAGGCAUACGCUGGAGAUUUCACUACAGCUCUCUCUGUUCUCCAGCGUCCUGUUCUUCCUGAAGAGGGGGAUCUCCAGAGAUCAGGAAAUAAAUGGCUUCUAUCCAUGCUGCUGGGUCCCAGGCACCUCUGAUGUUCGAGGAUUUAGCUGUCUAUUUCUCCAGAGAGGAAUGUGUGAGUCUGGAUUCUUCUCAGAACCCUCUUUGCUGGGAACCUAUGCCAACGAAUUGCAAGGAUCUAAUCUCAUUUGGAGACAACAGUGAAAAGGAAGAGGAAAAUUUUCAACAAGAAAAUCCAGAAAAUGGAGAUCUAGAAGCAGUGCCUUCGGAAUGGUACAAAAGAGACAUUUCCCUGCAUCCUAAAUUGGGAAGGGACAGUGAGAAUGAACCAGGAUUCUCUGAUCAGAAAAGGGUAGGUAUGUCCAUGCCUCAAGAAAAGAGAUUUAUAAGUCUUUUGAUCACUAUUGAAAAUUCCACUCAAUUUGAAGAACUUUCCCAUUUUGUAGAAACUAGAAUCUCUUGCCUCCAAGAACAGUCAGCACCAACAUCCUUUAAAUGUCUCCUGUGUGAUAAAACCUUCAUCAAAAGAUCAUACCUUAUUUCACACCAGAGAAGCCACACAAGAACAAAACCCUAUAAAUGCGCUCUCUGUGAAAAAACCUUCAAUAAGAAGUCAAAUCUAAGUGCUCAUGAGAGAGUCCAUACAGGAGAAAAGCCGUAUAAAUGUGACGCUUGUGGAAAACACUUUGCUCAGAGAUCCAACCUUGUUGCACAUGAAAGAAUACAUAAGAAAUCCCAAACAUAUGAAUGUGUUAACUGGGGAAAAAACUUCAGUCGAAGAACACAUCUUAUUCACCAUGAAACUAUCCACCUGGUAGAAAGUACUAAUAACUGUGAUAAGUGUGGGAAAAGCUUCAUUUGUAAGUCAAAACUUAUACAGCAUCAAAGAACCCAUACAGGGGAAAGACCCUACAAGUGUUCAACAUGUGAUAAAAGAUUUAGUCAGAAAUCAGAUGUUCUAAUUCAUCAGAUAAUUCAUACUGGAGAGAAACCUCAUAAAUGUACUGAAUGUGGCAAAAGCUUCACUCAGAAAACAAAUCUUGCUAGACAUAAGAAAACACAUACGGGACAGAAACCCUACAAGUGCAUUGACUGUGGAAAAAGUUUUGGUAGACUUUCGCACCUUAUUACACAUCAGAAAAUCCACACAGGAGAGAAACCCCAUAAAUGUAAUCAAUGUGGCAAAAAAUUCAUUUGGAACUCAGAUCUGAUACACCAUCAGAAAAUUCAUAAUGAAGAAAAACCUUAUAAAUGUCCCAUAUGUAAGAAAAGAUUCACUAAGAAUUCAAAUCUUGCUGCCCAUCAAAAAAUUCAUACAGGAGAGAGGGCUCAUAAAUGUAACAAUUGUGAAAAGAGCUUCAGUCGGAGUUCACAUCUACUUACACACCAGAGGAUCCAUACUGGAGAAAAACCUUAUAAAUGUCUCAUGUGUGAGAAGAAGUUCAAUUGCAGUUCCAACCUGAUUACUCAUCAGAGAAUACAUACUGGAGAAAAACCUUAUAAAUGCACAAUGUGUGAGAAAAGUUUUAGUCGUAGCUCAGACCUUGUUAAUCAUGAAAGAACCCACACGGGAAUAAAGCCAUUUAAGUGUGCUAUAUGUAAGAAAAGCUUCAGUCGAAGUUCCCACUUGAUAACUCACCAGAGAAUCCACACAGGAGAGAAACCCUUCAAAUGUGUCAAAUGUGGGAAGUGUUUCAGUGAUAAAUCAUACUUCAGUUACCAUCAAAAAAUUCACAUGCAUUAGAACUGAAGAAGACUAUGUUAAGUUGGCAGAAGAUGCUAAGAUGAAUGGAACUAACUAGAAACUCAGUGAACAAAAUUAGAAUCUGAAGGCUGAAUGGUUUGGGAAAUGUAAAGAUGAAAUUUGAUGUUUAGUUGUAUAAACAUAAAUAUUUUAUAUUUGUGUUGAUAUUAGUUAAAAGAUGAAUUGUUCAAGGUAAAUGACACCAAUCUGGAAAAAAGCUGCAGUUAACUGCCCCUCAUUAUUAAUUCCCACAAAGUUGUUCUUUUCCUUUCUUUUUAAUACCAUUGUGCUUCCUAUGGUUGUGUUGUAGGAUGCAUAGGCAAAGAAGCAUUGGGAUUUAAUGAAGAAUAAGUUUUUUAAGUUGGCUAAGAAUACCAAUUUAGUUGGAAAUAGACCUUUGGCAAAACAAAAUUAGAAUUUGAAAACUGAAUGGUCUGGACAGUGGAAAGAUAAAGUUUAAAGUUCAGAUUUAUGAAUAAAUUUUAUAUUUGUGUUGGUUGGUCAAAACAUCAGAUGGAUUUUUCAAGAUUUUUCAAUGAUACUACCUUGAUGAGAAAAACUAGAGGGAUUGUUUUGUCAUGGAUUCCCACAGUUAAAACGGUUCCAUUGUCCUUUUAAUACCAUUUGAUUUCUUCAGGUUACAUUCUGGGGUAGAUCCCUAGGUGGUGAAUAUGCCAUUCUCUGGUCUACCUAACUCCAGUCUAAUAAUAUCAAACUAUCACUCUGCUGCCCUAGUCAGAAAAUGAAUGGGAUACAUGACUAUAAAGUAAUGUAACUCAUUUAUUUUUUAAACAAUCAGGCCACAAUUUUGAGGUCUCAGUUAAUAUUGGAAUUUUCAAAGUAGUUCCCUCUUGGAAGCUACAAACAUAUUUCAUUAAUAUUGCUUUUGUUCAAGGCAUAUGUGGAAUUCUUUUUUGGGAAGUAGGUUUAGAGCUUAUCACAUACGACUUUGAAUAUCCCCAUCAUCCUUUGAUUGUGGAUUUGGUUUUUGGAAACAGUCAAAAGUUAUUCUGAGCUAAGAUGCAGCUUUGAC